AUGGCUUCCUUCUUAUCAAGAUUCACUUCCCAAAGAGCUACUUGGGUCCCAAUCGCUGUCGGUUCAGUCGCAGUUGCUGCUUCAUUAUACUACACUAAUGCUAAUAAGUCCCCAUUAGCAAACGAAACUCCAGUCACUUUCAAAGGUGAUGAUCAAUGGAUUGAUUUAAAAUUGGUCAAGAGUGUUGAAAUCUCUCCAGAUACUAGACAUUUCUAUUUUGCUUUACCUUCAGCUGAUCACAAGAGUGGAUUGAUCACUGCUUCAUGUUUAUUGGCUAAAUACGUUACUGAAAAAGGUAACAAUGUCGUUAGACCUUACACUCCAAUCUCUGAUGUUGAACAAAAAGGUCAACUUGAGUUCGCCAUUAAGAGAUACCCAACUGGUAAAUUUGGUAACCAUUUGUUUUCAUUGAAAGAAAAUGACACCGUUUCAUUCAAAGGUCCAAUUGUUAAAUGGGAAUGGACUCCAAACCAAUUUGAAAACGUUACUUUAAUCGGUGGUGGUUCAGGUAUUACUCCAUUAUAUCAAUUAUUACAUGAAAUUACUAAAAACCCAGAAGAAAAAACUAAAAUCAAUUUAGUUUACGGUAAUAAAACUCCAGGUGAUAUUUUGUUGAAAAAAGAUAUUGAUUCAAUCGCUGAGAAAUAUUCUGAUAGAGUCAAAGUUCAUUAUUUCGUUGAUAAAGCCGAAGGUGACUGGAAAGGUGAAACUGGAUUCAUUACUAAAGAUUGGUUAAACAAAAAUGUCCCACAUCCAGAUGCUUCUCACCAAGUCUUUGUCUGUGGUCCUCCACCAUUAUACGAAGCCAUCUCUGGUAAUAAGGUUUCUCCAAGUGAUCAAGGUGAAUUGACUGGUGCUUUGAAAGAAUUGGGUUUCACCAAGCAAAAUGUCUUUAAAUUUUAA